UAUGUGCGAGCGGCCGGGCCGGUGUCCGCGCAUGGCCCGCGGUGGCACAUGGCACACGGUGCGGUGCUGGGGGUGUCGGCAGCGCCAUGAGGCACAGCCUGGCACGGUGAGAUGCUCACCGUCACCUACCUGCUCGCCCGGGCGGCUUUUGGGAGCCGGGGGCUGCCGGGGUGGCACAGACAGGAGUUUGAGAACGCCGAGGGGGACGACUACGUGACAGAGCUGUCGGCCCAGGGCUCGCCUGCCCCCCAGCAUGGCCCCGAGGUCUAUGUCCUGCCCCUCACCAAGGUGUCCCUGCCCAUGGCCAAGCAGCCGGGGCGUUCAGUGCAGCUCCUCAAGUCGGCGGACCUGGGGCGGCAGAGCCUGCUGUACCUGAAGGAGAUCGGGCAUGGCUGGUUUGGCAAGGUGUUCCUGGGGGAGGUGAACUCGGGCAUCAGCAGCACCCAGGUGGUGGUGAAGGAGCUGAAGGCUAGUGCCAGUGUGCAGGACCAGAUGCAGUUCCUGGAAGAAGCACAGCCCUACAGAGCCCUCCAGCACACCAACCUGCUGCAGUGCCUGGCCCAGUGCGCCGAGGUCACCCCGUACCUGCUGGUGAUGGAGUUCUGCCCGCUGGGUGACCUGAAGGGGUACCUGCGGAGCUGCCGGGGGGCCGAGGCCAUGACCCCGGACCUGCUGACACUGCAGAGGAUGGCAUGCGAGGUGGCCUGCGGCGUCCUGCACCUGCACAGGAACAACUACAUCCACAGCGACCUGGCCCUGCGGAACUGCCUCCUCACCGCCGACCUCACCGUGAAGAUCGGGGACUACGGGCUCUCGCACUGCAAGUACAAAGAUGACUACUUCGUGACGGCCGACCAGCUGUGGGUGCCGCUGCGCUGGAUCGCGCCCGAGCUCAUUGAUGAGGUGCACGGCAACCUGCUCGUGGUGGACCAGACCAAGGCCAGCAACGUCUGGUCGCUGGGCGUCACCAUCUGGGAGCUGUUUGAGCUGGGCAGCCAGCCCUACGACCACUACUCUGACCGCCAAGUGCUGGCCUACGCCAUCAAGGAGCAGCAGCUGAAGCUGCCCAAGCCCCAGCUGAAGCUGUCGCUGUCGGAGCGCUGGUACGAGGUGAUGCAGUUCUGCUGGCUGCAGCCCGAGCAGCGUCCCACGGCCGAGGAGGUGCACCUGCUGCUGUCCUACCUGUGCGCCAAGGGGGCCACGGAGGCUGAGGAGGACUUUGAGAAGCGCUGGAAUUCCAUGAAGCCCAACGGCAGCGCCAGCGGCAGCCACCACGGCCCCGAGCUCUCGUCCUUCCCACUGCUGGAGCAGUUCUCGGCUGACGGGUUCCCCUCGGACGGGGACGACAUCCUCACUGUCAUGGAGACCAGCCAUGGCCUCAACUUCGAGUAUAAGUGGGAGCACACCAAGACUGAGCACUUCCAGGCCCCCCUGGGGUGCCUGAGCCCCAGCAGCGCUGCCCGCUACCACGACCUCUAUUACCCGGCCACGACGGCAGGGCUCAGCCUGGGGGUGUCCCCAUCCUGCUACGAGUGCAAGGCAUCCGGCUGCCCCGGGGUGCCGGCGCCCGGUGUGGUGCCCAUCCUGGGUGCCCACAGCCCCUCUCUGGGCAGCGAGUACUACAUCCGCAUCGAGGGUCCCGGCGAGGGCAGCGCCGAGCUGGACUACGCCAUGUGCACCUACAGCCCUGUGGGCGAGCGGGGGGCCCUGCGGCCCCCGGCCUGCUGGACAGCCCAGGGCGGCCGCAGCGGCGGCACCUACGACUCGGAGUCGGGCAGCCCCACAGUGUCCCUGAGCAUGGAGCCGCUGCUGGGCCACGCACCCGCGGCCGAGGGCUCCUGGGAGUGCGCCGAGUACUACCCCUACCCCUGCCCCGGGCAGGAGCCGCGGGGCUACGAGCCGUCCCCCAGCCACGGGGCCGAGGGGUACCUGCUGGAGGAGGAGCCCCCCCAGCCGGGCAGCCAGGACUGGCCCGUCCCCGCCUUUCAGUCCGGUGUCUUUGCCGACCCGCUGGGCGUCUCGCCGUCGGGGAACUGCGCCUACAGCCCCCCGGGGUACGGGGGCACAGCGGGCCCGAGCGGGGCCCCGCCGGACUGCGUGGCGCUGGAGCUGGGCGAGGAGAGCCCCCCCAGCGCCCCCCCCCCCGCCGGUGCCAGCCCCCCGCCUCAGCGCCACCCGUGGGCCUCCAACAGCUCCUCCAACAACAACAUCGGCAGCGGCAGCCCCCGCGAGCCCCCGGCCGGCGACAGCUGGUGCUACCGCCGCAUGAUCACCUUCCGCGGGCUCAUGGCCAAGCCGCUGGGCACGGUGCCCCGCGGCCAGCCCCAGCUCGGGGGGUCCCCGCCGGGACACGACUUCCUCCGCCCGCGGCAGGAUCAGCCCCCCGCCAUGGCCGGCGGCUCCUCCUCCCCGUGCCGCUCGCCCUCCCCGCGGCGGCAGGCCUGGCACGGCCGUGACUCAUCACCCUGCGGGCCCGCGCAGCCCGGCACGCUGGCGGAGAGCCCCGCCGCGCCCUGGGGCCCCGCCGCAGCCCCGCCACCUGCGCCGGGGGCCCCGCGCGAUGCCCACCCUGAGGAGAGCUCGGCCGGGGACAGCCCUGCCCGCAGCCCGCUGCCCCCCGCCGCCGCGGGGCCGGGGGAAGCCGCCUCCCCCAUGGCUGGCACGGCCGCCCCGAGCCCCGGCCCCCCCGGCGAGCCCGGCGCGGACGGCGCCCAGCCCACAGCGGAGCCCGCCGAGGCGCCCGCGGAGGCCGUGGCCGAGAGCGGCGCCUGUGCCGCCAGCGACGCCGACCGGACGCCGGACAAGACCUUCUCCAGCAGCAGCUUCCCCAGCGUGGACGAGGGCAGCGACGAGGACACGGCCGAGCUGACCUCCGGCGUCUUCACCGACUUCUCCGGGGAAUACACGGAGCGGGCGGAGGCGGCCCCGGCGCUCAGGUCCCUGCAGAAGCAGGUGGGGACGCCGGACUCGCUGGAGUCGUUGGACAUCCCCUCCACGGCCAGCUCCUGCGAGGUGCUCAGCCCCGGCGCCUUCGCGCCCGCCGGCCAGGCCCGGGCCCUCGACAGCGGCUACGACACCGAGAACAACGAGUCCCCCGAGUUCGUGCUCAAGGAGCCCCACGAGUCCCGAGAGCCCGAGGCCUUCAGCCAGCUGGGCAAGCCUCCCCCGGGGCUGCCGGGGGGCGAGGGCGAGGCUGCGGCCCCCGAAACGCGGCUGCCCAGCGGCCCGGGGGCCGAGCUGGCCGGCCUGGCCGAGAAGAGCCCGUACCGCGACUCUGCCUAUUUCUCCGACUGCGACGCCGAGGCCGAGCGUGGCCACAAGGACGAGGGGGACAGCGAUGGGUCCCGCACCCCGGAGGCAGAGGAGGGUCCCCGCUCCCCUUUGCAGGACAUAGGGCGAGGAGAGGACCCGCUGCACCCGCCGGGGGCACCCGGCAGCCCCCCGGCAGCACCUAGCGUCGCAGUGCCCACGCCAGCGGCUGUGGCUUUGGAGGGGGACUGGGUGGCGACAGGGGCCGGGAGCUCACCGGAGCAGGUGCCUGGCACCGAGCAGAGCCCCGCUGGCACGGGGCUGGUGCCGGGCAGCCCCCCGCACCCUGACACAGACACCUGUCCCCCGGGCUCUGUGACCCCCAAGACUUUCCUCUUGACCCCGGUGCCAGUGAGCCCUGGGGAGCCAUCAGCUUUUGGAGGGACCUGCGUGUCCGAGGGCGUCCCUGGACUUGGGGGGGCCACAGUGGGGGACAAACAGACUGUGACCCCCGCGCUGGGGCUUGGGGAGCGGGGGCUGUCCCUGGAGGGCACCAGGGCGGGCGAUGCGCCAGGGGGUCCCAGCACUCUGGUCCCCGGGGGCGAAUCACUGCCGGGUCUCUCCCCGGCCCCGGCUGCCCCCGAGCGCCGCGAGGAGCCAGAGGAGGAGGAGGAGGACACAGAAGACAGCGACGAGUCGGAUGAGGAGCUGCGCUGCUACAACAUCCAGGAGCAGAGCGAGGAGAGCGAGGAGGAGCCGGCGGCCGUGCCCAUCGUGGUGGCCGAGAGCCAGAGCAGCCGGAACCUGCGCAGCCUCCUCAAGAUGCCCAGCCUGCUGUCCGAGUCCUUCUGCGAGGACCUGGAGCGCAAGAAAAAGGCCGUCUCCUUCUACGACGAUGUGACCAUCUACCUCUUCGACCAGGAAAGCCCCACGCGGGAGCUGGCUGAGCAGAGCUUCCCAGAGCCCACCCUGCCUUCGGGGCAGCCCCCCUCGCCUUCGGGGCAGCCCCCUGCCAGUGGCAGCCCCCCCAGCCCCACGGAUAGGCUCGGAGCUUCCGAUGACUCUUCAGACGGCAACGCCUCGGAAGAGAGCGGUGGUUUUGAGUGGGAUGACGACUUCCCACUGAUGCCAGUGAAGCAGUCCCUGGUGGCCUCGCUGCCGGGGACGCCAGCAGAGCCCCCCGCGGCCGUGCCCGCCCUGGUGCCGGCGCAGAAACAGGUGCUGCCCAUCCAGUUCUCCCGGUUCACGGUCUCACCUGCCCCGGUGUCCCGGUUCUCCAUCACCCACGUCUCCGACUCGGACAUGGACUCCAUAGGAGGCAGCAGCGAAGACGGUGACCGGGAGUGAGCCUGCCGGGACACAGCCGGCAUUGCCCUGGCACCGGGGCGGCGCGGGCCGGCGGGGCCGGCGCGGGGGCCGCCCGUGGGCUCCCAGACCCCGCUCGGCAGUUUUUAGGCAGA